GUUUUUCAUCAGUUUAAACUGAGUUUAGUCAGUGUGUGGAAACGGCGAGACGCAACUGAUUGACCGAAUUCAUGGAGAUCAACGCGACGCUUGAACUAACAUUAAUACAUUAUUCCUGAGAGUUUAAAGUCCCCAUGUCAGUUGAAGACGUCUUUUAAUCGAGGCUCCAGCAAAAUGAGACUUCGGUCGAGAAAUAUUUUAAAUGAAACCCCGACACCGUCCCGCCGCCGUCGAGCCGCUCCGGAGACCCCGCAGGUCCAGACCCAGGAUGAAGUAAAAGUUCUUCAAGACCGCUUCAGUCUGGACGCUGAUGAAGUCCCAACAGUAGCCAAACGUCCACGGAGGAGGAGAAAAGCUUUAUCAACUGUCGACAAUAAAGAGUCAGAUUUCAAGACCCCAGUCAGUCACCUUCGGGAAAGACGUUCCUCAUUGAAUCCUGCUGCUCGAAGCCUCUACUCUCCUGCAGUGCACUUUCUCACACCCCCAAGAGACAGUCAGUUAGGUGAGAAGCCAAACUCAGGUCCCAUGUUCAGUCCCGAACACUGUGUGUUCAGUUACAGUGCUGCCAGCUCUCUUUCAGAGGAUGAAGAGAAUGAAGAAGUGUUUAGCCCUUUCACAUUUAUUAAGAACAUUCCAAAUCGUUCACAACAGUCCAGGCCCGUCUCAGCAGUGCGGGACAUUCCACCAAAGACGAGGAGCACACCUGCUGCUACCCUGGUGCUUGAUUUGGAUGAAACCCUCGUGUUCAGUUCACUCAAUGUGAUCCAUGAUGCAGAAUACACCUUCAAUACCCACUUUCAAGAUCACAAGUACAAGGUCUAUGUGAUCCUCAGACCAUAUGUCAAAGAGUUUCUGCAAGCCAUGACCAAACAUUUUGAGAUGUUUGUUUACACCUCUGCAAAAAAGGAGUAUGCAGAAAAGAUUGUAGAUAUAUUGGACCCUAAUAAAAAGCUCUUUAGGCACCGUUUGUAUCAGGACGAUUGCGCCUGUGUGCUUGGACACUACAUUAAAGACUUGACUGUUCUGGAGAGAGACCUGUCAAAGACGGUCAUCCUGGACAACGCCCCCCACACCUUCCCAUAUCACCUGAUGAAUAUGAUUCCCGUAAAGAGCUGGAUCGGAGAUCAAGAGGACCGUGAGCUGCAAAAGCUCAUUCCGUACAUGGAGAAACUAGUGCAUGCGGAUGACAUCAGAAAUGUUUUAAAGAAGAGAACCGAUCACUUCCACAGGCUGCUUUCUGAAGACUGAACCCUGAAUUAAGUGUAAAUAAAUGUAGAGUUAUCCUUGUAAAUGCAGUGAAAUUCCCAGGCUUCAUACUACAUACACGGCUAAAAGUGUAGUAUGAGUUUAUACUGUUGUAUAAUAAAAGUUUAUUUGAUAGAGAAUGGUCUUCACAGCUCACCUUUAAUCCUCUCGGUCAGCUGGUGUUCUGACCCCUUUUGAAGAACAGGACUAGAAUCUUGCCUUUAAUUUAUUGAUGGACCUUGAGAUGUUUGUACAGGUUUGUGCCAUUGAAAGAGUGUUUUCACAUUUCAGACUGUUAAAUUCAUUUCAAUAUGUUGUACUCUAUUUUUAAGCAAUACUUAGACCAAAGUUCAAUUACCAAUAAAAAAAAUGUUCUUCUGAUAAA